UUAUAAAAACCCAGUACUUGUGGGUUCUUUCAGUUAUUCCGUUAACGAGAGUCAAAAACAUCAAAAUGCAUAGCAACCAGAUCCUGAAAAGUCUGUUCCUCUUUGUGGCCAUAAGCUCCAUGGCAGUUGCAGUCUUUGGAAUAUGCAACAGCUGCCAGACCAACAACGUUGCCUGCCUGAAUGGAACUCACUACAGAUUCUGCUCGGACAGUGUGGCAGCCGACCAAGUCGUUCAGUGUCCGGAUGGUAAGGUCUGCACCGACCUGGCUGUCAUCUGUAUCGAUGAGGGUGUGACUGAUGCCUCCUGCUCGGCCACUGCAGCAGAUGGAUCCUGCCCCACUUGCGAUGGUACUAACACAUUCGUCUGCACCAGCCGCACUACCUUCCAGAUGUGCAAUGGCAAUGAGCUGACCAGUCAGGUCACCAAGUGCAAGGACAACAAGAUCUGCUCUAUUCAGUCGGGAAAAUACUGCGUGGAUCUCUGUGAAGCGGGUGAUUCCAUUGAAUGCGACAGGGAGUCGCCACUAUAGAUUUAUAUAGAUUUUUAAUCAAUUUUAAACUUUAAAUAAAUGCCUUUUUACCAUA